AUGGAAGUCGCGGACAAACCCACCACCCAGGAUGCUAUCUUCCGCAGCCUCCAAGCCCUCGCCAUCGCCAGCGGCGAGUCCUUGAACGAUGUCUUCCUCGCCAACGAAGCUCUCAUGAUGAACCUACGCCUCAAAAGCGCCCAGAUGGCUGCUGCUCAGGAUCCUCAGGCCAUGCCCCAGUCCGAGUACGCCGUCAUCUACCACGGCUACCACACCCAGACCGACUCCGGCAACGGCUUCGUCCGCGGCGUUCCCGUCAACCAUCCGCCGGGAGUUUUCACAUCCACGCGAUCUUUCUUGUUCGACCUCGACAACGGUGCCCAGAAUGGCACCAUUGCUCAGAUGGGAGGCAUCCCCACGCCUGGCGCUCCCCUCUUCGGCAACGCGAGCGUUACUAUGCCACAAGCGCACCCGCAGAACCACGCCCUCGAGAACCCUAUUCUGGGUGCUGGCAAUCAAGAAAUUGGCUUCAUGGAGGAUUUGAACGAAGCCAGCUUCGACAAUCUGGUCAUCGACGUCGCCAAUGGUCGCCCCCGCGACGAGAACAGCACCGGCUACGACUUUGGCGACCAAGGCCUCGAGAACUUCCCCGUCAACGUCGCCGACGGUAUGGCCAAUGACUUGGCCAACUUCCAGCCCCUCGUCAACAACGCGAACGCCUACGGUGCUCCAUCGCCUGGAAACUUCGUUGCUGAAGAACCUGUUCGUUCCGAUUGCGUCGAAUACUUCCAGUACGACGGCAACGGAGAGUACGGAUGGCACGCCGGGGAGAAGACUACCCAUGAUCAGUCCAAUGGCCUGCGCUGUCAUUUGUGCUCGAAGACAUACAAAAUUGCGGGAUUCCUGAGUCGGCACUUGAACAUAGUCCACGGCCAGCCCUCUUCGCUUUGA